AUGGUGCUCCUACCAUGCACCAUCCAGGAACUGCUCCACUUCGUCUACACCAGUCUGCCGCCACAAGAACUCGGUGAAGAGUCCCCGCCUCGAGAUGGCAACGAUGAAUCGGGCGGGACGUCAUACACGAUCAUCCACCGGGUCGUCAAGCCCAUCGACGACAACGCGAAGAACAACGAGAGCGAAGAGCCCACCAAAGAUCCGUUGCUCCCAGCUGAAGUGCCCGAAUGCUACGUCUGCAAUGCUGAGGCCGGCACCCUGGUGCUGCUGCAGCAACGAAUUGGCGUCAAAUGCCUGAAUGCUCGCAACUACUACCUGAAAAAGCCGCUCGAGAAACGCGCUCACAAGAAGAAGUGCCCGCACAAGGAUUUUGACAGCUCCCAGCUGCCAACGGACCCGGAGCUGCGACGCACCACGUUGCGAGAGUUCGCCGCGACGCGGCUGUGGCUACUGUCGCGUGCUCGUCAUCCAACAGCUCCAGUACCAUGCGCAGAC